AUGACUGCUCAGACAAAGAAGAGGGGUGCUAUGGAAAAUGGGGAUGGCGGUGUUGGUUUGGGCCUUGCUGCCUUCAUUGCAAACAAUGAGGAUGUGGGUCCCAUAGUCCGGCAUGCUUUUGAGUCUGGGAAGCCUGAAGCCCUCUUGCACAGCCUCCAGAACAUCGUGAAGAUGAAGGAGGUUGAGAUUGAAGAGAUUUGUAGACUCCACUAUGAGGAAUUCAUCCUUGCGGUCGAUGAGCUUCGUGGUGUCCUGGUUGAUGCUGAUGAGCUUAAGGGCACAUUGUCUGAUGAGAACCUGCGGUUGCAAGAGGUUGCUAGCUCCUUGCUACUGAAGCUUGAUGAGCUUCUUGAGAUCUAUUCUGUAAACAGUAAUGUUGGGGAAGCCCUAGCUACAUUGAAGAUUUGUCUGCAAGUAACCAGCCUCUGCAAGGUAUGCAACAGGGACAUUGCCGACGCAAAAUUACUUUCUGCAUUGAAAACAUUGGAGCUGAUUGAGAAGGACUACCUGCAAAAUAUUCCACUGAAGCUUCUAAAAAAGGUUAUUCAUAAACAAGUUCCUAUGGUAAAGCUGUACAUUGAGAAGAAAAUUUGUAGUGAGUUUAAUGAGUGGCUUGUGUAUAUCAGAGGGACUGCUAAGGAGAUUGGACAGGUCGCAAUAGACCAGACAUCUCUGACUCGUCAGAAAGAUGAGGGAAUGUGUGCCCGACAGAGGGAGGCAGAAGAAUCUAGCCGUGUUGGGUUCGACGUGAAUGCUUACACCUUGGAUUUGGAGCACAUGGCUGAGGAAGCAAUGCUGGAAUUUGAUCUUGCGCCAGUGUACAGAGCACACCAUAUCCACAUAGGCCUUGGUCUUGGGGAGAAGUUUCGAGAAUAUUACUACAAUAACAGGCUCAUGCAACUCAAUUUGGACUUGCAAAUUUCUACAUCACAAUCCUUUGUUGAGUCCUAUCAACCUUUCCUUGCUCAGGUAGCUGGCUUUUUUAUUAUUGAGGACCGUGUCCUUCGAACUGCAGAUGGGCUUCUAUCUGAGAGCCAGGUUGAUACAAUGUUGGAAACAGCCAUUUCUAAAGUUACUCUGAUCUUAGAGGAACAGUUCUCCCUCAUUGAUGCUGCCAACCACCUCCUCCUCAUAAAAGGAUAUGUCAGUCUUUUUGGUGCAACCCUGAAGAAAUAUGGAUACCGAUCCAUGUCACUGGUUGAAAUUCUUGACAAAACUAGGGACAAGUAUCUUGAACUUCUUCUUUCUGACUGUCGGAAGAAGCUCAACUAUGUCUUUUCUAAGGACUCAUAUGAGAGGAUAGUUAUAAAGAAGGAAAAUGAAUAUGACACAAAUAUAGCAGCAUUCCAACUUGAACCCGUUGAUGGAGUACCAAAUUUGCCAUAUGUUGCUCCAUUUUCCUCCUCUGUUCCCAAUGCUUGUCGUAUUGUGCGAUCUUUCAUUGAGGAGUUGGUCAGGUACUUGUCACACAGUGGUAGCACAAACAUCUAUGAUGUGGUGAAAAGUUACUUAGACAAGUUCUUGAUUGAGACGUUGAAUGAUGGUUUUCUGAACCUGAUACAUGGUGGUUCCCUGGAAUUUCCACAGGUGGUGCAGAUUGCAGGAAAUAUUGCCAUUCUUGAGCAGUCCUGUGAUAUGUUCCUUUGGCAUGCUGCUCGACUUUGUGGUGUCCCUAGGUGCCUCCUUGAGAAGCCCCAUUCUGGUUUGACUGCUAGAGCUGUGCUCAAAGCCUCCCACAAUGCAGCAUACAAUGGAUUAAUUACUUUGGUCAAUUCCAAGAUUGAUGAGUUUAUGUUGCAGUUGACUAGCAUCAAUUGGACUCUGGAGGAAGCUCCAGAGCAUGCAAAUGACUACAUGAACGAAGUUAUUAUCUAUCUUCAUGAGGUGGUAUCUUCUGGGCAGCAGAUUGUACCAAGAGAUGCCUUAUUCAAGGUUGUAUCUGGUGCACUAAGCCACAUCUCAGAUUCUAUAACAACGGUACUUCUUAGUGACCGGGUGAAAAGGUUCAACGCAAAUGCUGUUGCCAGUAUUGACAUUGAUCUGAAAGUGUUGGAGGGGUUUGCUGAUGACACAUACAAGAUGACUGGGUUUUCGGACCUGAGAAAGGAAACAAGUUUCAGAGAUUGUCUAGCGGAAAUAAGGCAGCUAAUAAAUCUUCUGCUCAGCAACCAACCUGAAAGCUUCGUGAAUCCUGUAACCAGGGAGCAGAAUUAUGGAGCCUUAGACCACAAGAAGGUGGCAAUAAUUUGUGACAAGUUCAAGGAUGCCCCAGACAGUUUGUUUGGGAGCCUUUCAAGCCGAGCUACAGUGCAGAGCGCCCGGAAGAAAUCCCUGGAUGUGCUGAAGAGAAGGUUAAAGGAUUUUAGCUGA